AUGUCUGACUUCGGCGAUGAUGAUAUGGGCGGCGCUGGAGGCGACGAGCCUAUGUACGAGGAUGAGGAGAUCAAUGACUACUACGACCCCGAGCCCGAGGAGGGUGAUGAGCAGCAACAAGACGGUCCGGAUGAUAACGUUGUCGUUUCUGGAGAUCCUUCUGCUGCCGCCAACGCGCUUAAGGGCGGUGACAAGCUCCUGAAAGACAAGAAGAUCCCCGAGAGCGAGCGAACCACAACACCCUAUAUGACCAAGUACGAGAGAGCGCGUAUUCUCGGCACGCGCGCAUUGCAGAUCAGCAUGAAUGCGCCUGUCCUUGUCGAUCUCGAGGGUGAGACUGAUCCCCUGCAGAUUGCUAUCAAGGAGAUGCGGGAGAAGAAGAUCCCUUUGAUCGUGCGGCGGUACAUGCCUGAUGGCUACUAUGAGGACUGGACCUGCGAGGAACUGUUGCAGUAA